AUGUAUAAGCCACAGCAGGUGCUGCCAAAGGAACUCAUAGAGUUUGAAGAGAAGGAUGGGGAGUUGCAUGUGAAGGCUGUUGAAACGGGACUGACCCAGUCUGAGGGGAGUGAAGCAGAGCAGCUACCUGUCCCUGUUCAAGUUAGUCUAGAAGGGCUUUCUCCCCUCCAGUGUCAGAAGCUCAGAGAUUUAUUAGCUAAGCAUCAGGAUGUGUUUUCAAAAAAUGACUCAGAUUUUGGAUACACCACUUCUGUUACCCACAGUAUACCGACAGGAGAGGCCCCGCCCAUUAAGCAGCGGCAUCGUCGGGUUCCGCCUCAGGUCUUCCAACAGUUUAAGCAACACAUUCAGGACCUAGUCUCUCAAGGAGUUCUUAAUGAGAGUUGUAGCCCCUGGGCCUCACCUGCUGUGAUCGUGAUGAAGAAAGAUGGCAGUGUGAGGUUUUGUUGCGACUACCGAAAGCUAAACCAAGUGACCUGCAAAGAUGCCUACCCACUGCCUCGUGUGGACGAAUCGCUCGAUGCAUUAGGGAAAGCGCAGCUGUUUUCGACCUUGGACUUAACCUCUGGCUAUUUCCAAGUGGCCAUGGAUGAUGCAGAUCGGUCUAAAACAGCAGUCACCACUCCAUUUGGUCUGUUUGAGUGGUCACGGAUGCCAUUCGGGCUAUGCAACGCCCCGGCCACAUUUCAACGACUUAUGGGCGUGGUGCUGGGCGAUCUGACGUUCGAGGUGCUACUCAUUUAUUUGGACGAUGUCAUAGUUUUCUCCAAUGACUUCGACACCCAUUGUGAAAGACUUGAACUCGUGUUCUGUAGGUUGAGGCGGCACGGCCUAAAACUGAAGCCUAGCAAAUGUCACCUCCUGAGGGAGGAAGUAAAGUUUCUCGGCCACAUAAUCUCUGCUCAAGGCAUCCAGGUGGAUCAAGAGAAAGUGCGCGUGUUGGAGACGUGGGCAGCUCCUAAGUCAGUGAGAGAGUUGAGGCAAGUCCUGGGGUUCAUGAGUUACUACAGAAGAUUCGUCCCCAGGUUUGCCCACCUUGCUCGGCCCCUCCAUGCUUUGGUCGGCAAGGGACUUAAAGAUGGGCCUGCAGAGCCAUUCAGAUGGAGUGAUGACUGCCAACAUGCUUUUGAAGAGCUGAAACGUAGCCUGAUGAACCCACCCGUUCUUGCCUAUCCCGACUUCACCUUACCUUUCAUACUCACCACCGAUGGAAGUCUACAGGGCCUGGGGGCCGUUUUAAGCCAAAAGCAGGGGGGAGUCGAGUAUGUCAUUGCCUUUGCCAGCCGAGGCCUGCGUGGGGCUGAAAAGAACGACAAAAAUUACAGUGCGUUCAAAUUAGAGCUGCUUGCUCUCAAGUGGGCGAUAACAGAAAAAUUUAAAGAAUAUUUAAUGUAUUCCAAGUUCACAGUUGUAUCAGAUCACAACCCGCUGCGCUACCUGGGAUCUGCCAACUUAGGAGCAGUAGAGCAGCGCUGGGUAGCCCAGCUUGCGGAUUACAAUUUUGAAGUCUGUUAUAAGCCUGGUCGUCAAAAUGCGAACGCUGAUGUCUUGUCGAGAAUCCCGGCAGUCACAGAGCCAGAUGAGGAAGAUUCAGGGAAGGACUUCAUACGCCUCGGAUCGGACGAAGUGCGGGCCUGUCUCUGGCCUGGGCCUGAAGAGAAAACAGGUGCAGCCAAGGUGGAAAGGGCCACGCAGAAUGUCAUAAAGAGAACUGUGAGUGGCUUCAGCUGGCCUGAGAUAGAACAGGAGCAAAAAAGGGAUCCCAAUGUGCAGCCUGCCUACUCAGCUGUGUGGAACCACAGGAAGCCCACUCUGUUGGAACUGAGGGACAUGGACCCAAAGCUGAAGCGACUUGUCAAGCAGUUUGAGCGGCUAGCCCUUCAAAAAGGAGUCCUGUUUCGAUCUAUCCGCGAUCCGAGAGACGGGGAAGAAAUUCGGCAGUUAAUUGUCCCAGAAAGUUUGCAGCGUCGAGUGUUUGAAAGUCAGCAUGAACAUGGUGGGCACUUCGCAGAACAGAGCACUCUUGAGCUCAUGAGGCGGAGCUAUUACUGGCCGACAAUGACCAACGAUGUGCAGGCUUGGAUUAAGGAAUGCAAGCGCUGUACUCUGGCAAAAGACGUCUUUCCCAAAAUUAAGGCUCCAAUGACCUGUACGAACAUUACGGCACCUCUUGAGGUGCUGGCGAUGGAUUACACACUGCUUGAGAGAUCCAAUGGGGGGUAUGAAAACGUGCUCGUCCUUACCGACAUGUUCACUCGGUUCACAAUUGCAGUGCCGACCAAGAAUCAAACUGCAUACACUACAGCCAAGAACCUCAUAAAGCACUGGUUCGUUCAUUAUGGAUGCCCGGCACGACUGCAUUCAGACCAAGGGCGCUGUUUUGAGGCCAACGUGAUAAAAGAGCUGUGCAAGAUCUACAGAAUAGGUAAGAGCCGCACCAGCCCCUACCACCCUCAGGGCAAUGCCCAAUGUGAACGGUUCAAUCGAACUAAGCACGAAAUGCUGAGGACAUUGCCUGCUGAGAAGAAAAGGAGGUGGGAUGAAUACCUUUCUGAGCUCGUCAUGGCUUACAACAGUCGCAUCCAUUCCUCUACAGGGUACUCACCUUUUUACCUGAUGUUCGCCAGAGAUCCCAGGCUGCCGAUGGACAUCUUAGGGGGAAAAGACCUGGAGGAUGAAGAAGUGGAUAAUCUUGACGACUGGGUAAAGACUCAUCACGAGAAGUUCAAAACAGCAGUGGAGGUUGCUAAUGCUGCGGCGCAGGAUGCGUCCAGAAGAAGGAAAAGAGCCUAUGACCGCAGGGCUGCUGGAGCUCUCAUGAGAGCUGGUGAUCGUGUUCUCUUACGCAAUCACUCCCAUCGGGGCAGAAAUAAGAUAGGAGAUAAGUGGGAACCCUUUCCCUACAUUGUGGUCAAACAGAACCACGGUGACAUCCCCGUUUACACUAUCCGUCCUGAGACGGGAGGCCCCUCAAAAGUGGUUCACAGAGACCAACUCAGACUCUGUACUUUCCAGUCCCUACCACCACGUCCCAUAGGCAGGCACCAGCUAAGGAAGGACACUGUCCCGGACACUGACACAGACUGCCCCGACAUAAUUUGCAUCCCUGCCACUACACACACGCCCAUUGCCAUGCCCAACACAGACAUGGGGAAUAGAGAAGUGGUGGAGGAGCAUUUCAGUAGUGGGGAUGAGGUUGAUGGGGAGGCCAUAGGGGAGCCUGUUAGGCACAUGCAGGAAGAGCUGGGAGCUACUGGAGGGUCAGACGCAGGGAGUGAGAGUGAAAGUGUGUUUGAACCUAGGCGGUCUCAGAGACAGACCAGGGGGAUCAUGGUGGAUGUCGGAGGACAUGGCAGGGUUUCGCAGGGGGGAAUGUAG